GUAUAAUAGUAAAUACAACAUUUUCCCAUCCUAUAAUCCACAGAGGAAGAAACAGAGAGACUCAAUCUUCGCCGGGAAUUUCGUCAAUGGAGCCCGACAUGGUAGAGAUCCCUCCUCCCAUGUUCCCUUCGGCUUCUAGAACUCGAAAAGCCAGAAAGGCUGGAAUUCCUGAAGUGAUCGAUGUGGAACAAUAUGAGUUCCGCAAUGGUGUUGGAAAUAACAGUAGUAACCUUGUCGACAAGAAGAACAAAGGGAAGGCCAUACAAGACGGCUCUUUCUAUGAUCAUAACCCGUUUAGUCAUUUGGCUAAUGGAGAGACUGGUGUAGAAGUGGUUAUGUCUACUACUCAACCUUGGGGGUUUCCGAAUUCUAGAUCAAGAAGAAGCAGUUCUAGAUCUUUUUUUAAUCGUGAUACUUCUGCUAGCUCUUCUCGUCCUAGAGCACCUGUGGAGGUUGUUUCUUCAGCUCAGGCUAUCUUUCUGAGGGACUUUAAAAGGUUUGACACUGUUGAGAAUUUCUCAGAUCAUCACUAUGCUUCUAUGGGAAAUGCUUCAAAGCAGCACUCAAAGACUUGGGUGAAGAAGGUUCAAGCAGACUGGAAGAUUCUUGAGAAUGAUUUGCCAGAGACAAUAUCUGUGAGAGCAUGUGAAUCAAGAAUGGAUCUUAUGAGAGCUGUAAUUGUUGGAGCCGAGGGGACUCCGUACCAUGACGGUCUUUUCUUUUUCGAUAUUCACUUCCCUGAUACCUAUCCUUCAGUGCCUCCAAUGGUUCAUUACCAUUCUGGUGGGCUUAGAAUAAACCCGAAUCUGUACAAUUGUGGUAAG